GAAAAUUCCAAGAAAUGUCGGAAUCGCUGACGUCCGGAGCGGCGCGAUAAAGCACAAAAGUUGAGGCGAAUCCUAGAGAGAGAGAGGAGAAGAGAAGAGAAGAUCGCCUUUUGCUUCCUACUUGCCUCUCUUUCUGUCCUCUUGCGCUUGACUACUAGCAGCCUUGAUGCGCAUUCCUCUCCCUUUUAUAUUAGAUUGAUUUGAUGGGGUGGUGGUAUUGACCAACCUCUUCUCGCAGAGAGAGAGAGAGAGAGAGGGAGAGGGAGAUGGGGUGGAGAGGGAUACUGGGUUGCGAGUACGGGAUCGUUCAGGCGCCGCUGGGGCCGGACAUCUCGGGGCCGGAGCUCGCCGCCGCCGUCUCCAACGCCGGCGGCCUUGGCCUCCUCAGAGCUCCCGACUGGGAGGCACCAGAUCAUGUGAGGGAGCUGAUUAGGAAGACCCGGUCCUUGACUGAUAAGCCGUUUGGGAUAGGUGUUGUUCUGGCAUUUCCCCAUGAAGAAAACCUGAAGGUGAUACUUGAUGAAAAGGUAGAUGUACUCCAGCUUUACUGGGGCGAGUGUACAAAAGAGCUCAUUGAAGAAGCUCAUCAAGUCGGAGUCAAAGUUGUGCCUCAAGUCGGUAGCUUUGAAGAGGCAAGAAGGGCUAUCAAUGUUGGUGUAGAUGCGAUCAUUGUCCAAGGGCGUGAAGCCGGAGGACAUAUCAUUGGACAGGAUGCGUUGAUUACCCUGGUGCCGAGGGUGGUUGAUCUAGUUGGUGACAAAGAUAUACCAGUGAUCGCUGCAGGGGCCAUUGUGGAUGGACGUGGCUAUGUCGCAGCUUUAGCUCUUGGUGCAAGAGGUGUCUGCCUUGGCACUAGAUUUCUUGCUACAGAAGAAAGUAAUGCACACCCUCUGUACAAGAGGAAGUUGGUCGAGUAUGACCAAACAGAGUACACAGACAUUUUUGGGAGGGCGCGGUGGCCAGGGGCACCACAUCGUGUCCUGAAAACACCGUUCUUCAAUGACUGGAGAUCUCUUCCUCCCAAUGAAAAUGAGGUGAACCAGCCCAUAAUCGGUCGAUCAACAGUACAUGGAGUGGAGAAGCAGAUUCACCGCUUUACAGGGACAGUUCCAAACUCAACAACCACCGGCGACAUAGAGAGCAUGGCGAUGUACGCGGGACAAGGUGUAGGGCUUAUCAAGGAGAUUCUGCCUGCCAGGGAAGUGUUGAGGAGAUUAGUUGAAGGUGCUCAGCUUAUUAUUCAGCAACAGUGUGAUGCAAUUUAACAUAUUGUUUGAGCCAAAGCUCUGGAGUAAAAGGCCUUUCAAGUGAUUGGGCAGAAAUAAACCCACAGGUGAAGCAGAGUUUCUGUAAUUGCAAUCAAUUCAACCCAAUAAAAAGGUUCUUGUGAUUUCAACGGCAAUCACACCCUUUUGCCGCAUGCAAUGUUAACUCAACUUUAGGAGGGAAGAAGAAUCAGAGAAAUAAACAUUAGAA